AUGGGUGCACCCGAGGCAUCCAUCAGCGGAAGGCUGCUGGGCAGGCGUUGGCGCGUGGCAAGCGGUGGUAGGUGCAACGGUGACCACGGACACGAGAAGGCGAUGCACGUCGUCAUGGCUUUUUGGGAAGGCUAUUCGGCCAGGCCGGUAAUCGACACUGGGACUAGGCGAUUUACGGUGCUCCCGGAUCCCGUUUUCCCCGUGUCCCACAUGGUAUGGACUCUAACCACCUACGGUCUAUCUGUCGGGGCGCCACCGUCUCCCAAGGCUCCAAGCGUCAAUAGCACGUGCAAGGCAUAUCCCAGUGCCCACCGCGAGCGACCCACCACCCACCACCUACCACCACCCACCUACCACCUACAAACGCACCUCACCCCCUUAGAGACACCACCCUCUCUCAGGCCACGCUUCACGCAGAUAUCCGUCGAACAUGACAUUAGCGAUGACGUCCUCUCCGCAGAAAGACGAACGACAAACCUUAACUUGAGCACCGCCAGCUUCCAGUUCCCCCACCAGGUCCACAGGGCUGAGUCGCCCCAGCUGAACGUGCGCCCGUCACUUACUAUUGGAGAGCCGCUGCGGUGGGCAGACGAGGCGUGA